AUGCCAGAUGUUGCCUUCAUUAAAAGUUAAGCCAUCAAAACCACUUGCAUGAAUGUGAAAGAUAGUAAAAACAGCGUGAGAAAUUGCAUCUGUACACCACUAAGGCAUUAAUUUAGAUUCAUGGAUUGGGUGCACACGGAGGAAAACAUGCUUAGGAUAAAAGGCUCUUUAUUUAACUGAAUGAAAAAUGUAUUUUGAGAGAAGAUUUCUAUGUCAAUUGUGUUUUUAUAAUUUUACAAAUACCAUUCAGCGAUACCUACACGAGGGACCGGUAUAUAAAGCUCUGACACUUGCCUUGUCACCUUGAUAAUCAUGGCCAAAGGUAACAAUUGGUUGUGCUUCUUGGUAAUAACUGCAGUUGUUGGAUGGAAAGGCGGUGAUGGUUCCCUCCGCCUGGCCGAAGAGGCCCUUCACAGGCUGGGCAUUGACCCUAACCGUCCAGUUCAAAGGGAAACGCAGAUAAAUUCGUUCGUGCAGCACGUGUUUAACCAGAUUCAGGAGAAACAAAACGAUUUACGGAUAUCUCCCGACAGAGACCCCAGGGUGCAGUUUUAUGACUCCCUGUCAGAAAAUUCAAACGGAAGAGUGGAUUUCGACCUUGAGCAGGGUCCUAUCGUCGGCAAUGUCACCAAGGUGGAGGUUGCAUUCACCGGUCAUCUCCAUAGAAACUUUAUCAUUUAUAUCACAUCUCCAAGUCAGCUGAGCAGAGUCACCACUGCACGGACUCCACACGGCAAGGUGGCAGACAUUACGACUCUCGUUGCAGACAAGCUUUCUGGUUCUACUCUUUCUCUCUCCAUCUCUGUCAAGGGUGCAGGGAACUGGAUCAGACAUCUACGUCCCGUUCUAGCAAUAUUUCUGGAUCUUGAUGCUUCUGUUUUGAAUCGACGUCGAAAGCGUUUUAUUGUUCAGACAGGAAAUGGUUCGGUUUCCGCGGAUACGGCUGAAAGUGGAAAUUACUGCCGUUUAGUACCAUGGACGGUUAGUCUUCGGGAUCUGGAGUGGUAUCCACAAUUUAUUCACUCCCCAGAAUUUUAUCAGGCAAAUCUUUGUUCCGGUGGGUGUCCCCGAGCAAUAUUAGAGAGUUAUUUCAAUGUCACAAACCACGGAAUCUUCAAGGCGAUGUUGGAGAAGAAACUUUGUUGUACCCCUAUUGAGUACAACGAUCAGUCUCUGCUGUUUAGCAAUACAAUCCAGACGGUCAAGGGCAUGUCUGUGGCAAGGUGUGGGUGUCGCUGACCACCGUCAAAUCCAAUGAGCCAUGCCCAUCAGCGAGAGAGAGGCUCACAGGAAGUGAAGUCGUAUGGCGUUUGUUGGUGAAACCCAUAAAAGCAUGGAGUAACUGUCUAGCAAGCAAGUGACAUAUAAAUAUGAGCAAAUACUUAACAUCAUUCAAAUAUUCCAGAAGUGUAUAUUUGUGUAGUGAAUAUAUAGUGAAGAUUAUUUACCUUGGAAACCAUAGGUAAAAGAAUUGAGCAUAAAUCUGUAUUUUUUUUUUGCAUAUUUUCCAACUUAAAACGCAUACUAUGUGUGACAUUAUAUAAAUGAUCUGGUACUUAUAGAGGUACUGACUUGAUGGUCGUGGCCAUAUCUAGGUCAUAUUUACCUCCUUAUUAAGAAGAGCUCUGUAUAGAGAUAUAAACAUGCUAGCACA